AUGCAAGAUCUUAAGUAUAGACAUAAAUUGGAUAUGUUGGUUAUUUUGGAGCCUAGAAUUAGCUCCAGUAAAGCUCAGAAAGUCAUUUCUCAACUUGGCUUCCCUAAAGCUGAAAUUUCUGAUGCUGUAGGCUUUUCUGGUGGUAUUUGGCUGCUGUGGGAUGAUGCUAAAUUCAACUUGAGAGUCAUUCAUUGUAUGGAUCAAGCUGUUUCUGUUUGUGUUGAGACUUCUGGAGGUAUUUCUUGGAUCUUUACUGCUGUGUAUGGGCACCCUUGCCCGGCUAGGAGAGCUUAUCUCUGGAAAAACUUAUCUAUUAUUGCUGCUUCUUGGAAUCUUCCUUGGGUUGUCUGUGGGGAUUUUAAUGAUAUCUUGUUUGAAGAUGAAAAAUUUGGAAAAUUAUCUGGUAAAAGUAGAGGUUUCAAGGACUGGUUUGAUCAGCAUGGUCUCAUUGAUUUGGGAUUUUUGGGACCCAAGUUUACUUGGGUUAAUAAGAGAGAUGGUGGUGAUUUUGUGAUGAAGAGAUUGGAUAGGGUUAUUUGUAACAAGGAGUGGAGGGUUUUAUUUCCUGAAGCUUUCGUGACGCAUCUGCCUAGAAGAUGCUCUGAUCAUAGUCCUCUUUUGAUUAGUCUUAUCUCUGAUAAGAUUCCUGCAGCUGAGCUUAAACCUUUCAGAUUUGAGGCAAUGUGGCUUAAACAUUGUUUAUUUCCAGAGUUCAUUAAAGCUGAGUGGAAGAAUUUGGAAGGUUCAGUUUCUAAUAAAUUUGACAUGUUGAUUCCCCUGCUUCGGGAGUGGAAUACUCAAGUCUUUGGUCAAAUUUUUCAAAAGAAAAAGAGAAUUCUUGCUAAGCUUCAAGGUGUUCAAAUGUCUCUUUGUAAGGGUUUCUCUCCUUUUUUGAGCAAUCUGGAGAAGCAUCUUCAACAGGAGUUUGAGGAUUUAUUGGAUCAGGAGGAUGUGUUUUGGAAACAAAAAUCUAGAGUUUCUUGGCUGCAGGGUGGGGAUAGAAAUACCAAGUUCUGUCACAUUACUACUCUUGUCAGAAGAAGAAGGAAUAGGAUUGAAAGGCUUAAAGAUAAUAAUGGGGAUUGGAUCUCUAGUAAAGAAGGUUUGAAAGCGCUUGCUGUUGAGUAUUUUCAUGGGCUUUCUUUCAUUCAAGUUUAA